GCGGGUGAGCUUUCAAUGGCUAGUCUUUCAUUACACGCUUUCUCCCUUAAUUUUUUUUUAUUGGACAAGGAAAUUGAGUUUAGAAGCGAAGCAAAGCGGCUGUUCAUUGAUUAUAUUGCUGUGUCUUUGUGUGUGAACCGAAAAAUUUAAGAUCGAGGAAGAGUAAAAAAUGCGGUUCAAAAAUAAUUUGGGGCUGCAUUUAUGCUCAUUGCUUAUUAUAUUGCUUCUGGCAAUUUCUCCGAUCGUGCGAUCUGAGGUGGAGCAGGACUUCGCUGAUGACGCUGCAGAGGAUGGAAAAGUGGAGGAUGUACAAGAUGAUGGCGAACUGGAGGAAAUUGUCUACGAGAGUCCAGUAUAUGACCAGAACAAAUUUUACUUUGCUGACCAUUUUGAUGACAUUGCCGAAUCAACUAAGCGCUGGGUAAAAUCACAAGCAAAGAAAGAUGAUAUCGCCGAGGAAAUCGCUAAGUACGACGGUAAUUGGGUCUGGGAGGCACCACAACGUAUAGUAUCAAAGAAAGAUAUUGGUCUUGUACUCAAAUCUAAGGCUAAGCAUGCCGCUAUUGCGUCAAAGCUCAACAAGCCAUUCACCUUCAAGGAAGAUAACCCACUUGUAGUGCAGUACGAAGUAACUAUGCAGGAGGGACAAGAAUGCGGAGGCUCAUACAUUAAAUUGCUCUCUCAUGGAACACAUACGGAAGAUCUCACAAAAUUCAACGAUAAGACACCUUACACGAUUAUGUUUGGACCAGAUAAAUGCGGCAGCGACAUUAAACUGCAUUUCAUAUUCCGUCACGUUAAUCCAAUUAACGGAAGCAUAGAAGAGAAACACUGCAAAAAGCCAAAGGAUCGUUUGGAGGAACCGUUCAAGGAUAAACUGCCACAUCUAUAUCAAUUAGUGCUGAGACCUGAUAACACUUUUGAAAUCAGCGUUGAUAAUAAGAUAGUCAAUCAGGGAUCUCUUCUCUCCGAAUUCACUCCGCCAGUUAACCCACCACGUGAGAUUGACGAUCCAGAAGACAAAAAACCAAAGGACUGGGAUGAACGUGAAAAGAUACCAGACCCAACAGCCAAAAAACCUGAAGACUGGGAUGACGAUGCACCACCACAAAUUCCCGAUCCUAGUGCAGUUAUGCCAGAUGGUUGGCUUGAAGAUGAACCCCAGAUGAUACCAGAUCCAACCGCCGCCAAGCCAGCUGACUGGGAUACCGAAAUGGAUGGAGAAUGGGAAGCGCCAUUGAUUGACAAUCCAGUUUGUGAAAAAGCGACAGGCUGUGGUGAGUGGAAAGCACCUCUAAUUCAAAACAAAGAAUACAAGGGAAAAUGGCGCGCACCGCUCAUCGACAAUCCAAAUUAUCAAGGCAAAUGGGCUGCACGUAAAAUACCCAAUCCUGAUUUCUUCGAAGAUCUCACGCCUUUCAAAAUGACGCCCAUUUCCGCUGUGGGGCUUGAGCUUUGGUCGAUGUCUGACAAUAUUUUGUUUGACAACUUGAUCAUCGUUGAUGAUAUUGAAUUGGCUAGAGACUUUGCCGCCAAGACUUUUGAUAUCAAGCGCAAAUACAUCGAUAAGGAAUCGGAAACCUUUUUCAAUAAGAUUGUAACCUUCUUUACUGAAGCCUCUUGGGUUUGGCGAGUAGCAAUGGUAAUUGCAGGAGCCACACCGCUAUCAUUCACUUUGUAUCGCUUGUUCAAGAAAUCCGGCUCGAAGGAGUCUAGCUCGGACGCUGGCGCUAAGAAAACCGAUGCCGUGCAACCUGACGACGUUGCCGACAAUUCAGGUGGCACCGCCGAAACGGCUGUUGCAAGCAGCAGCAAUGCUACGCAAAACUCUAGUCCUAAAACUAAAAAGUCUGAUUUAGAUGUUAAAGAUGAAGCAGGUGAUGACACCGCUACACCAACACCAACAGCAGCAGCUGCAAACGCUAGCAGUGAUCAGAAGGAUUCGCAAGAUGAUGAUGCAGAGGAAGCCGAGGCAGAGGAAGCUACGACGAAGACCGUGCGCAAACGGCGUGUACCCAAGGAUCAGUCUUAAAGCGAACAUUCGCAAUGCAUCGCAUUUUCACUCAAUAAUUCCAAAAAAUAAAAUAUGUUUUUAAAUAAAUUUAUAGUAGAAUGUGCAGCUGUAUUUUUCAGCAAAAAAUCGAAAACAAAACAAGGAACACGAAUACCAAUCCCUGUAUGUUCGUGACACUAUGCUAAAUGCAUUUGUUUUUAGUUUAGUCUGUUGCUCACAAGUUCUUUUUUCUAGUAAAUCUCAUACCAAACUACAAUCAUGCUACAUACGUACAUAUAUGCGUUAUGUGUGAAUAUUCCUUUUGUUUUUUGUUUUUUUUACUUGUGUAGUUUUUAAUAUAUAUGGAAGCGAAAGUAAUUAGCGCGUAAAAUGUGUCUGAGCAAAUAGUAAGAUCGGGUUUUAUGUCGUCAUUUUUCUUGUACAUACAUGUAAAAAUUAUGUGUGAAAACUGUCGGGACAGUGGCCAGUUUUACGGGUUGAUUUAUUCCAACCUGCUCUUAUUUUUCAAAUAGUUCUCACACUUUUACUGCGCCAAGUAUUAAAAAAAUAGAUUUCGUAUUGUUUAUUUGCAGUCGGAUUUUCAAAAGAAGCAAUAUGUAAGGGGUUACUUCACAGAAUCAAGUUUCUUUACCAAAUAAAUUCUAAAUCAAAUUGAGAAAAUCUCCACUAUUGAUUAAAAAAAGGGUAGUAUAGCGUAAGACUAGUUGAACUGCGGAACAAGAAACAAGCAUUACUUUAAUUUAAAAUGUACUUUAUAUUAAAUGCGUAUUUAAUUGUAAACUUAAUAAACGCCAACAACAAUAAAGAUAAUAAAAA